AAGUCUUCACCUGCGCAAUUUUCAGAAAUUUUCUUUAAAAUUUUCCUUAUAUAUAUGCAUGCAAAAGCAAGAAAGAUAAAUAUGCAUAUUCAAUAGCUAAGAUUUUAGCCACUUUCAUUCCACAGAAAUGGAGACAUUGCCCAGUUCAAUUGGCCACCCAGCUCAUGUGCACCCACUUACCCUCAUCCCCUCCCCAGCUUACCCUAGUGGUGCUUUCACAUGUAAUGGCUGCGGUGGCGUCGGCCGUGACUCUUGCUACCGCUGCAAUCAUUGUAACUACGAUUUACACACUGCUUGUGCUGCUGCUCAAAACCCACCUUCACUUACUCACCAUUCUCACCCUCAUCACCAACUUCACCUCACCUUUCUGCCUCCUUACCCAUCUAAAGCCUUUUCUUGCAAUAUUUGCCAAAAUAUCGGUCGCCAUUGGUCCUACCACUGUGGUCUCUGUAACUUUGAUGCACACGUGGACUGUGCAAAAUUGGGUCAUCAGCAUUACAACUCUUCACCACAAGCCAAUUCUCAAUUCCAGCAGUAUGGGAAUAGAGUCAACAGUCCACAUGGUGGUGGCCUUGGGCCCCCUAUGAUAUAUGAUGUGGCUCAUGGGUUUGCUUAUGGGGUUGGCCAACAGGCUGGUCAGAAUUUUGUGAAUGGCAUCUAUCAUCCUGAUCCAAAUCAUGGUGGUGGUGGUGAUUUUCCUUCUUCCUCAUCCGAUCAAUCUUCAUUUUUGGAUAAUAUAUUUGACUGACAAAAUUAGAUCAUUUGAUGCUUGGUUAAUUUAGAAACUGAAAUACUCUUAUCAAUUAAUACACAAGUGUUUUCCAAUAAAUUUUAGUUCAGUUAUAUAGAAAUGAAAUCACCUCAAGAAAUGAGAGAUUUAGAGUUGAAAUUCUAAUAUACAUAUUAUAGCUCA